CGGCCUGGACGCCCACCACCCGGCGCACCGCGACGCGCACCGGGACGCCCACCGGGACCACCACCACCGCGUCGGCACCACCGCCCUCAAGGAGGAGCCGCUGACCGGCAGCCAGCUGCGGGCCUGGGUGCACCAGCCCAACCCCCAGGAGCACGUCAGCCUGGGGCUGAGUCGGGCGCACUUCGAGAAGCAGCCGCCCAGCAACCUGAGAAAGUCCAACUUCUUCCACUUCGUUAUCGCCCUGUACGACCGGACGGGGCAGCCCGUCGAGAUCGAACGGACGGCCUUCCUGGGCUUCAUCGAGAAGGACCACAUGGAGGCGGACGGCCAGAAGACAAACAACGGCAUUCUAUAUAGGUUACAGUUAUUAUAUUCAAAUGGACUGCGGCAAGAACAGGAUAUCUACGUUAGACUCAUAGACAGCGCCAGCAAACAGGUGAUAGUGUACGAAGGGCAGGACAAGAACCCAGAAAUGUGCCGAGUACUCUUAACACACGAAGUCAUGUGCAGUCGAUGCUGUGACAAAAAGAGCUGCGGCAACCGAAACGAGACUCCGUCCGACCCCGUGAUAAUUGAUAGGUUUUUCCUUAAGUUUUUCCUGAAAUGCAACCAAAACUGCCUAAAAAACGCCGGCAACCCCAGGGACAUGCGUCGGUUUCAAGUUGUGAUAUCGAGCCAGAUAGGCGUGGAGGGCCCGCUGCUCGCCGUGUCCGACAACAUGUUCGUCCACAACAACUCCAAGCACGGCCGGCGGCCCAAGCGGAUGGACGCCAGCGACGGCGAGGCCGACACGGACUCAGGACUGUACCCGCCGAUGCCCAUGGCGUCGCCCUGCAUCAAGGCCAUCAGCCCCGCCGAGGGCUGGACCAGUGGCGGGGCCACCGUCAUCAUCAUCGGCGAGAACUUCUUCGACGGCCUGCAGGUCGUGUUCGGGACCAUGCUCGUCUGGAGCGAGCUCAUCACGUCGCACGCCAUCCGGGUGCAGACGCCGCCCCGGAACAUCCCCGGCGUGGUGGAGGUCACGCUCUCCUACAAGUCCAAGCAGUUCUGCAAGGGGGCGCCCGGCCGAUUCGUCUACGUUUCGCUCACCGAGCCCACCAUCGACUACGGCUUCCAGAGGCUCCAGAAGCUGAUUCCCCGACACCCGGGCGACCCCGAGAAGCUGCCCAAGGAGAUCAUCCUGAAGCGGGCCGCCGACCUGGCCGAGGCGCUGUACAGCAUGCCGCGCAACGCCACCGUCGCCCCGAGCAACGGCCUCACGCCGGGGGUGGGCUUCAACUCGUACUCCGGCCAGCUCGCCGUCAGCGUGCAGGACGCCGGCAGGACGCAGUACGAAGACGACGAUUACGGAGGCGGGCGGGCGCAGAGCAGCAGCGUCAGCCCCCGGGGGUACGCGUCCUCGGCCACCUCCACGCCGCAGUCCUCCGGGCCCAGCGGGGGCGGCGGGGGCGGCGGGGGCUCGUACCUGGCGGCGGAGGCGGCACCGGCCGUGCCCGCCCCGCAGCUUACCAACCUGUCCUCGGCCGGGGGGCUGUUCUCCUCGUCCUCCAGCGAAAUCAUGUCCAGAAUGGGCAGCCUGGUGCCGUCGCCCUUCAGCAACAUGAACCCCUUCGCGCUGCCCACGUGCGCGUCGCAGGGCUACGGCACGCCGCCCCUGCUCGGCUCCAAGUAGGCCGUCGGCCAGACCGAGCAGCCAGCCAGCCCCAGCGGCCAGACCGAGCAGCCAG